AUGAACAUUGAUGCAGAUAAAGGAAACCUUCAAAUGGCGGAUCUUAUAGAAAGUCUGAAAAAAAAGGAAGCUGAAAUUGAGGAAUUGAAGCACCACCUUGAAUACCCAGCUAAGAAAUGGUCAUUGAGCACAGACGACCCAUCAAGCCCACCAGUAAACAUGACUGUAUCCUCAAACAUGGUAAACGAUGGUAACAUAGAAGUCGAUAAGACUAGAGAAGAGGAGGUUCAAUUGCAUGAAACUGCAUAUGAUGGCAAUGGUUUGGAUUCAAGGGGCAAUGGAGGCAACUCUACUUCCACCAGUCUAGAAAAGCAGGGUGAUACUGCCAUAGAUGAAAAUGCAAGUGAAAGCAGGGUAGGCAUUGCAGACAGGAGAGAAGUGUCAGAGGAAAAGGAAUCACAGAAACUUGAUGGAUCUAGAAAUGGAAGUUCCAGUGGCAUCGAUAAGGAUCAAGAGUAUGAAAAUGAAAGUUCUCAAGGGAAGCGUGCUUCUGGUGCAAGAGAGGAAAAUAACACUUCAAAUGCAACCGAGACAAUUGUCAGCAGAAUCGGCAGAGCAUCAAAAACUGCUGAUGCACAUAGUGAUGAGAAAUCAAGGGAUAGAGAAGAGCAUAAAUUUAACCUAGAUGGGCACCCUGGGCUUAAAAAUACUCAGGAGGUAGAAGAUCGUCAAGAAACAUUAAGAGGUGGUGCGAAGCGGGAAAUGAUGGAUAACUCCAGAAGUAGGGGGAAGGAGAAGUACCACCAAGCUAGCAGAGCACGAGGAAAGAGAAGGACAGUGGUUGCCAAGAAUAGGCUGCUGGAGAGCAGAAAUGAUGUAAACAAUGUUGCUGAGAAGACAAGAAAUAGAAAAUUUCCUAUGGAUGAUCAAGGUAGACUGAUAUACAGAGAAGGGGGUAGAGCAUCUAUUGAUGGAACAACAGAAGAAAUAACAAAGGCAGUAGGUUCUUCUAAAACCAAAUCAAUUGAGCAUCAAAACCAUGAAGACUCUAAGGACCUGGAAAACAAACUUGGGGAAGAUCGACAAAAUCAGCAGAUGAGAGAAGUUCAUGAGACAAUGAAAAGGAUCCCAGUAGCUCAUGACGCCAAAGUGCUGACAAAUGGAAGCCUUGAUGGCCAGCUCCGUAACAUCAGAAAACAGAGCGUGGAUGAAGAUCAGCAACAAGCCAGAGGCAUGGAAGAAAGCCGAAACAGUAGCAAUAUGAACACUAAAGAAAACAGUGAUGAACAAGCGAUAACUAUCAGCAAGCAUGAAAGGCAAGAACAAAUGGAGGAUUCAGGUGUAGAACACAAGACCGAUGAAGGUGCUGGAGAUUUUUUCAAGGAAUCAGUUUCUGAUUUAGAAGAGGAUAAAGAAGAGUACAGAGAGGAAACUGAUGAGUCCGACUUCUAG